AUGGCUACCGCCUCCAGCACGGAACUACCGGCCUCCCCCGACACCGAAAUGACACCCGACGCAUCUUCGCCACCCGACGAAACGCUGACAACAUCCAAGCAAGGAACUCCCGCCACCACCAUCACGAACAGGCUCCCCCCAAAGAGAGCCCGCAACGAGAGCGAAUGCUCCGAGCGCAGCCCGACGGAUUUCGAGGACGGCCAAGAUGCUUCCGCCGAUUUCACCGACUCCGACAAUCAGUUCCCCUGGAUCACCGUAUCCCGGAGGAAGAGGAUCAACAAGCCGGACAAAGGCAGCAAACUACCCCGUCACGACCUGGACAAAUAUCAAGUCACCAUCCGCCCACGGGCCCGCGUCGACGUCUCAAAACUCCCGAGCUAUCUCAUCGGAGAACAACUUCAAAGAGCAAUAGGCGAGACCGUUCUCGAAGAUCGCCUCGCCUACCGCCGCAACGGAAUGACGAAUACAAUAUCCGUCACCGUUUACGACGAACGACACCUAGCAAAUCUACUUCAGCUCACGCACCUUGAGACAGGCAGCGGCACAGUCGACGUCCAAGUCUACCGAACGGCCACCAGGGAAUUCCCACGCGGGGUCGUUCAUCUGACACCCGACAUCCCACCGGCGAAACUCCUCGAGGGGCUUCGAGCCGACUACCAUGAGAUUGUUCAGGCCAGGCCGCUGGGAUCCAACGGCACAUACCUUCUGACCUUCCAAGGCCAGGGUGUACCCCGCCGCAUCCGCGCCUGGCACGAGAUCAUACAAGUCAAGCCGUACCGCCCCUCCACGGUGGUCUGCAACAACUGUCACGGCCUGGGCCACAAGUCCGACAUCUGCACGCAGGAAAAGCGCUGCCAGUCCUGCGACGGUCUUCUGACCGAAGGACACCGCUGUGAGUCAGUCAAGUGUCGCAACUGCGGCUCCCAAGACCACGUCGCCACCUCCCGGGACUGUCCAGAGAGGAAAAAGGUAGACUCUAGGAUCCAAGCCCGUGCCCGACCACGCCCGGCCUUGAACCAACAACUGCAUCGCCGGCGAAUAGCAGUGGGAAACCAAGGCCAAACUCCUGAUCCUCUACCACAGCAGCCAAAGUCGGGAAGGCAAGCCCAGACCCCCCAUUCAGGAGACGGGCGAGCCCCGCCCUCCUCCAAGCAGACCAAAAACCCAUCGCCCCGAUCGACUGAAAACAUUACUGACCAGCCAGCGCCACCGCAAGACACGUACGCAUAUAAAGCCACGCCUCGCAACUGCAGAACCCCAUCAACCACGCCGCUCAUGGACCAACGCAACGAGCUUCUCACCCUCUUAAGGCGGUAUAAGGAGGAGGAAGCAGAGCACGCACGCAUAGCUGCCGACCGCCGACGAAAAAUGGCUACCCUACAAAAAAAGAUAGAAGAACUGGAAGUCAAUUUCCAGCCGGGCCCCCAGCAUCAAGUGUCGAGCCAGCCGCAAGCUCACCCAAGCCCGCAACCACCUCUGCGAGACACGCCGCGAUCACAGGCAAACCACCCCGCACCCCCUCCAGCAAGCAACAAGCAACCACAGCAGGAGCAAUCCCAGCCUCCACCAUCUCAAGGUGACCUCAAGUCCCAAAUGCAAGUCUGGCUGCAACAAAUGCAAGUACAACUCCAGCAGCAAAUGCAGCAGCAAAUGCAGGCCCACUUCAAUCAACUCAUAGCCGAGCUCCAACACUCAACCCUUGCCCCCACCCCGCCGGCACCGCCGCAGUUCCAACUACGUCAGCCCAUCCUCACCGUUAAUGUCCCUGGACAAUAAGCCGCGGAACAAGGGGGAUCCACGCAGCAGUCACACCAGCAGUCCUCAUAACCAGCAAACUCAAGGCCCCAGGAAAUUCAUGCCGU